CGCGCCGUUGCGACCCAGUCAUCAAAGACAGUGAAGGAAAACUAACACACAACUGACUUGACCUUUACAGCUGACAUUAACUACCUAUAAGUGAAAACUAUUGGACAAAUUUGCUCUAUCGUUUUGAAUGCAGUCAUCUCAGUGGUGAUGGUAAUGGUGAGGAAAGCCUCCAGAAAUGUUGGGAAAUACACACUGACAUACAAGUCCCAGUCAAACAAAAGGACUCUUCGCCCAGCCAGAACCAUCAUGACCCGCAGCCAGUGUAUCACCAGCGCCAGUUUCUUUCACAGGCUCCCAUCAGAGGUGUUUGACAUGAUCCUGGAUAAACUGUCUGUGCUGGAGAUCAGUGUGUUUAGUAUGGUGUCCAAAGAAAUCACUAGAUAUGUUGUGGACUACAUCUCCACCCUGGCCUGGAAGAAUAAAACGAUCAUCCAAAGCCUUCACCACUCCACCUGCCUUGAGCAGAGAUCCACCAUUGGACACUACAGAAACCUGGGUUUAUUGUUCAAGAGAUGUACCCUGUUGCUACCAACAAAGGAGAGGUUAAAAUUUAUCUUUAGCAAGUUUUCACAGAUUCCCUGCUUCAUGUUGGAGCAGUGUCUAGCUCCAGACUGCAUUGGCUUUUCCAGCUAUGGUGUGUUCGUCCAGGCAGUAAUUGCAGGGUGGGAUGAGCUGGAGUGCCACAGAGUGUUCAACUUCCUGUGUGACCUCACAAACCUGCUGCAAAGAAUUGAGGCAGUUAUUACUGCAAAACCAGGGGUGAGGUGGUAUCAGGAGCUGCAGCUCCGUCUUUUCUGCCGUCAGGUUCUCUUGGACCCAUGGCCAAACCAGCCAGAGAGUCAGUUUUGGCUAACGCAACUCCUGAAGCCUUGGCCCAUGGUCAGCCAGGCACACUUACUGUUCAUCCUCUAUGGACCCCUGCUGCCUGAGGGUACUCUAGGUUGGCAGGAUCUGGUGGAGAGGGGGCUGCCUCACAGCGCUCUGUGGGACCUGGCCAGGGCCAUCAUCUUGCUUUUCGGCAAACUAGAAGUCAAAGGCUGGACUACCGACUCGAUGCUGGCCAUCCUGGAGGAGCUCACUGUCAUUCCUCAGCCAUGGCAUAUGGAGAAUGUCGCUCGUCUCUUGGUGCUGUGUGGCAGCAGUCUCUGCUACAAUGUCCUGGCCAGCAAGGCUGUGAAUGGACGACUCCUUGAGAUCUCCAGACUCAUCGUCUACAUCAUACUGGUGUGUGAGAAGGAUGGCUAUCACAUGACCUGGGCGGUGAAGUUGGUACAGCAGAUCUGCAAGGUCUUCAGCACGGCUCCUGAAAAGUUCUGUUUCCUGCGACAACUGGAGAACACGUUUUCAGCAAUCACAAGGGAGUUCUUCGAGUUUUCUGUAGCAGGCAACCACCUUGAAGACAGGGAAACUUUCCAGACCCUGUGUAUCCUCCUGGACUCCAGUGCUCGCUUCCACACUAAAUUCCUGUACAUGUUCCUGAAAUAGGAAUGAUGCAGAUUAAAAGUAACAGGAUGUGGAGGAGAGGAGGAAGAGCCGAGGAAGAGACAGUCGCCAAUAAUGAAGGGCAGUAACCAAAGAGUGAAAGAGAGUGAAUGACCUUUAAAACAAUAGUAAGACGAAGCUUUGAAAGUUCAGCGAAAUCUGAGGGUGAAUGUGGUUGACAGUUCACUGUAGGCUAUAAACAACAUUGCAUUUGCCAGGUGAAAAUACAGAUGUUUAAUUACUUUGACCAAACAGCAUAGUUAUUUAUACAAAUUUUAUAUUUCUCUCAAAGUUUAAAAAAUCUUGUUCUUCU